AUGUUUAACGAUGGGGCAGAAUCAACGGUUGAUUCUCAAAUUCAAAAAUAUAAAGGAACGGUAAAACCAGAAAUUAGAAAAAAUGGCAGUAAUAGAAAGGAAUAUAUGAAAAUAUAUUGGCAAAAUAAUAAGGAAAAGAAGCGUGGAUAUGAUCGAAAAUACAUCCAAAAUAAUGAAGAAAAAAGGCGAGAAACUGUCCGAAAUUACAACCAAAAUAAUAGAGAAAAGAGGCGAGAAUAUUAUCGAAAAUAUAAAGAAACAAUAAAGAAAAGAUUCGAGAAAAUGAACGGAAUUACCGUCAAAAUAAUAAGGAAAAGAGGCGAGAAUGGAAUCGAAAAUAUCGAGAAGAUAAUAAGGAAAAACUGGCAGAAUACCGUCAAAACAAUAAGGAAAAGAAGCGAGAAAGGGACCGAAAAUACCGAGAAAGUAGGAAAAAUAAAAAGGCAGAUUUACAAAAUAUUCAUUCAGAUAAUGGUGAAACUUCUUUUGCUAAUACACAAAAUAAUUUUGGAAAUAAAGGUAAAUUACCAAUCGUUUAUGAAUUGGGCAUUCGGUCUGAAGAGGAAAAUCUUUCUAAUCAAGGAGAGGAAGAAGGUAACAAAGACGAAGCAGAAACUAAUGUGGAUGAGCAAAAUCAAUCGGUGGUUGAAGUCCAAAAAUCCAAAAAUGCUUCCAAACAAAAUCCAAAAAUGCUUGUUCGUUCUGACAAUAAUGGUGAAGGAGGAACUUCUAAUCCACAAAAUGAUAAUUCUAGAAAUAAAGAUAAAAUUCCAAUAA